AGAGAGUAAACAGCCAGUGCGGUCCCUGUUUACAGCCAAUAUCAGACAUCGACUACUGAUCGGUACGGCUGGAAUACAGCGAGGCCAGCGCAGCCUGCACCAGCCCAACCAACUUGACGACGUUUCCACAGAUGAUAUGACCACGGUGUGAAUGUGUUCUUACGCUGUCGCUAGCUCACCUGUUUAUGCUGUGGCGGUGAUGGAGAACACCGAGCUGCUCUCGCCCCUUCGGAUCACCGCUACCGUGCGAGCGCUCAGCUCUGCGCUGCGAGGGAAGCAUGAAAUUGUCCAUGGCUCUGGCCAAGGAAACGGCGACAAGGUCUUUCCCGAACCGGAGAAACUGUGGUUCAAGGAGAGCAGCGCAAAAAACCUGCGUAACAGGGACUUCUUGUCGCCUACCACGAUGCUGAACACGCUGUUUGCGGACGGACAGGUCCCUCCUGCAGUGAUGUCUAGGGUCCUUUCCCUUCAUGGCAGUGGGGUGCUGCCUGUGGCGGGUGGGGAGGUGAUGGGGGAAGGUUUAAGGCUGCGGGUGGACCGGGCUGCAGCGUUCAGGGCCGUCCUGGAAGGAGGAUCCACGGAGUACUUAAAGCCCUCAUGUCAGAGGGAAGGUUGUGUCGUUCUCAACUGUCCUGCAUUGCACCCGAAACCCAGCACACCCAGUCCUGACACACUGAGCCUGGGCCAGCUGAGGACUGUUCUGUUGGCUGACCACAUGGGGGCGCUGCUGAGAAGACAGGGAUUCGCAGUGUUCUUUUGCCCCACGCUCCCUGAAGACAGUGAGAUCGUCAUCUUCCUACGAGCUCUUGGAAUCGACUGGCCAACAGCUCCGGCAAACUGGACGAAUGAAGAGCGCGAAGAGAUGAUCCACAAGGCACUGGAGAACUCACCGUACAGAGAGAAGGGAACAGAAAGAGGCAGGAGGACCAGCGGAGGGGGAGGGACAAAAGCAGAGGAAGUGGAGAACGAGGGCGCACUCAGAGUCAACUUGAAACGGGUUUUCCAGGAGGAGGGGCUGCUGGGAUACGACCCCAGUCUCGGCACCUGCACAGUUCACAGAGACAGCGUUUCCCACUUGGCACAGCUGGACCAGUCCAUAGCUGACUGCACAGUUGCCACGGUGACAGCGUUGCAUGUGACUUCCUGUCAAGACGAGUUCCGUCAGCAGCAGAUAGCGAUGCUAUGGAGGGCCAGCGGCGCGCCUCAUACACAGAGACACCUCGUGUGUGGGCCGGUGAAAACUCCUGGCUCUCACCUCACUGCUGCGCAGUACCUGCAGCUUAGAAGAGGUCAGAUGAAGGAGGCCUCAGAGAUGAAGUACGGAGAUCAAGUAGAAGGCCAGACCUGGGACGACAUCAUCAAGGUGAUGACCUCAGCCACGGUCAGAUUUGAGCUACUGUCAACUGUCCAUACGAGUCCAGUGACGCUGGACGUCCAGAGGGAGGGGGGCGUGUCAACCAAAGGGCCCCGUGGAGGAGUGUUUGUGAUGUACAAUUGCGCCAGACUGCACACUCUGUUUGACAGCUACGAGAGAGGAGUGGAGAAGGGUUUGUACCCAGAAAUCCCAGAAGGAUCCCAGUUGGACUUUUCUGCUCUGAAAGAAGAGGGGGAGUGGCUUCUUCUGUUCAAUUACCUCAUUCCCUUCUCGGAGCUGUUGGACCAAUCAGGACAGGUGCUCGACUGCGAAGGAGGAGGAGCCAGAGUAAACAUUAAGACUGAACAGAUCUGUAAGUUUCUGGUGUCUCUAAGUAAAGACUUCAGUUCAUACUACAACAGAGUCCACGUGUUGGGGGAACCGUUGCCGCAUCUCUUUAAUCAGAUGUUUUGUCGUCUCUACCUGCUGAGAGCGUUGAGGGAGCUCUACCACAGCGCGCUUGAGACCCUUAACCUUCCCCCAAUCCGGCAGCUAUAGCCUAAACACAAUCCUCCCAUUCUUUGCAGUUAGCUUUACCGCCACCACCUGCCCCCCCCCCGUUCUCCCUUCCCAAAAAAAAAAACUUUUUCCUAUGUGCUGUGUAUACAAAUGAUCAGACUUCACACAGUCCCUGUGUUGCUUCUUCGUCAGCGUAGCUGGACACGCUGGACAUUUGUAUUUUAAAGACCUCAGUACCCAUUAGUGGCAAGCAGGAAGAAACGUCAUUAUCUGCCACAGUCUUUGUUCAGUCUUAUGUGGGCCAAAAUCACCUUUUUCCUCUGGAAAAGUUGAGCUGUUGUUGUGUUGGUAAAGGAUUAAUUUGACAUUUAGCUUUAGCCGAAAUUAGUAUAGACAUGAAUGUGUCUCCUUACCAGCAUGAUUUAAAUGUUAAUGAUUUGAUCAUCGUGUCUUCUUUAGUUUUUAUUUUCUCAAAAUGACUCCAGAAUAGGCAUUAAAUUGAAAAGGUUUAUGUUUUUGACUGUCCAGCAGUCUCCCGCUUCCUGGUGAGUAAGUGAGUACAUAAAAAUGUCAAAUUAUUCCUUUUAAUCAUUACUUGCUAAACGUUUGUGUGGGGAUUUCCUUAUGGUGAGUAUAUCAGGAAAAAAAACACCAAAUGGACCAAUCUGCAGUGUCUACGGUAAUUUAGUAGAGGUUGAGAUGCUAUUUCUAUUCAAGCUCAACUUUAACAGAUUUAUGUCUUAACGAACAAAACUGAACCACCUGUUAGUGUUUCCUCUGAUUUUGGUGCCAAAAAUAACACUGACUGAUUAUGAAACUAAUCUAUAGCAAGAUUUGUUUAACUUCAUAAAACUGCCUUAUGUUAUGGCCCAUCAACUUAAUGCCACUGAUGCUUUUUGACCAACAGGGAUAUGUUUUGGAUCAAAAGAGGUCUUUUUUGCAGAUGUUUAGUUUGAAACCUAAAAGGUCGAAUUGCAGGGUGUUUUCACACUUAAUGGAUUUGAUCCAGACAGUUAUUGAAAGUGGUGUCAUCCAGAAAAAGCAAGUCCACAGAGUGCAAAGGAACUAUGUUGCCUCUUUAUCUGUUUAAGACCCAGCUUUUAGGGGCGAUAAUGAGCAAGUACUGAAUUUCUGCAUGAGUUAGAAGGUGAUAAUUGGAAAAGACAGUUGUGUACAGAAGCUUGGACCUGUCAUGUAGCUCCUGAACUGAAGUGGUGCACCAAGGAGAACCAAACUAAUUUUCUGUUGAAAAAUCUUCCUACACACCUCUCCUCAUUAAAACACCCAUAGUACGUGUCUUACUCACUGCCUAAAGAGAAAAAAAAGAAACUAGGUUACCCUGUUCAUUUCACAUAUGUUAACAACUUUGUAUUUAUCAGUGCCACAAAUAUAUUUAUUGUCAGUUCAAAAAUAGAGGUAUGUACAGAAUAUAUAUUCUGCUUCUGAGUUUUAAAUGAUGUGUUAAUAUUAAUAAUCAGUCCUUCAUUUAGCCACAAUUAUCCUGCUUGACAAAUCAAAGAUGUUAGUAUAAUAACAGUUUAUAAUUGAUGGACAAUAUUGUACACUAGCAGUAUUAGAGGCUUUUAGCCACAAUUUUAGAAAAUGCAUGAAAUGGAAUGAAAAUAAUAGUUUUAUGCUAAAAAUCCUAUUUAUACACUUUUGGAGGGAAGAGAUAAAGACUUAAAUGCACCCUUCAGUGUCUCUACAAUGUGACCUUCCAUCUGUUAAAAUGUGCCAUAGCUUGUUUUAUAUGUAAGUUAAGUUCUUUUAAAGUGUCAUGUCAAGAUGAAUCCAAACAGAUGUUUUUCCCAUGAAUAUCAAGCGAUACAUUCAACAAACUCUCUUUUCACUGCAUGAAAUGUUAUUUGACCCUGUAAGUGUGAGGAACAUCAAUGGAUGUUUUCUUUUUACUUUUGUUUACUUGAAAAUAGUUAAGAUGCAGAUUUAUUUACAGAAAUGUGUUGUCUGCCAAUGUGAUUAUAACAAUAUUAAAAAGGGGAUAUGCA